AUGAAUAAUUCUGAUAAUGAAAAUCUGAUUGAAAAUUUUGAGGAUGAUCAAUAAGUAUAUACAAAUUAACCAGCAACUUUGGAUUUUAAUCUAGAAAGACAAGGUCAAGUUCCUUAACAACAUCGAUUCUCAUCUACAAAAUUUAGAGAAAGACUAUCUUCAAUUGAUCCAUUAGAAUGGGCCAAAAAUAUAAAAAUGCCUGAAAAUAAUUAUUACACUUAUCCUUGUAAUUAUGAUCUAGCCGAAUUACAUAGAUAAUGUCAUUACAUCUAACCAGAUCAAGAUUUUUUAGAUAAAACUUAAGCUACUGAAUGUCCUUGUUGCAAGUAUCAUUAUUGUAUAAUUAUUCAUUAAGUAAAUAAUUGAAUAGAAAACGUAUUAAUUUCCUCACAGUAAACAUGUGGCAAUUAUUAGUAGAAGAUUAUGGUAUUGCUGCUCCACUUUAUUUUACAUUUCUCAAAUUUUAGAUGAUUCUCUUUAUUAUCAUAUUUUGUGUUUAUGGGAUUUUCUUUAUAACAGAAGUUAAUUGGGUUUGUAGUGAUACUAAAAAUAAUAUUUGUUUAACAGAUACUCAUUUAAUUCAAGAGUAUAAGGAUGCUUGUGAAUUGAAUACAAUUUAUAUGUUUGUAGCAAUAGAUCCAUUUUUAUCUUAAAUUAAAUGUUCAUCUGAAAUUGAUAUUUAAAAUGGUGGAAGUGGAUUCAAAUGGGUUUAUGUCUAAAUUGCAGCAUUCAUUAUCUUUUUGAUGAACAUAUUACUUCCUUUAGAAUAUGAGAUUAUUAUUAGAUAUAAAUAAAUAAAAUAUUGGGACAAGGAACCUACAAAUCAUGUAACAGAAAAUAAAAAAUCAGUUUACGUUAGACAUUUACCUUAUAAGAUGACAGCAGAGGAGAUAUCUUAGACAAUUUGUAAGGCUAUUGCAAUGAAUAAUUUUGAUUAAGUAGCAAAAAAGUCAGUUUUAUUUGAGCAUAAGAAUUCAAUUUAAGAAUUAGUAUAUAUUUAUGAUAUACAUGAAAUAAAUGAAAUGAAUAUUGAUAGGGAGAAUUCUUUACUUGAUUUUAUGAUAACUUUAGAGUAGAUGAGAGAAUUAAAAGAGACAGGAAUGAUCACAACUUAUUCAGAUAAAUAGAUAAAGACAUAUAAAUCAUUUAAUUUAGAGAUAUUAGAUAAUCUAUUUAAAUAAUAAUUAAAAGAUAUCAUGUUUAAAACAUAGAAGAUUAAAUCAUAUUUAAAGAAUGGCCUUCCAUAUACUAAUAAAGUUAUUAUAAAAUUUGAAACAAAAGAGUAGAGAGAUGCUGCUUAUUUACAUUAUAGAAAGAAAUGGUAUUAGAAUGUAUUAAUUAUAUGAUUGUAUCACUAGUUACUUAUUAGAUAUGAAGUUAUGAAAGAACAAAAUAGAUUGAAAAAAUUAUAGAAUAACCAAGUAGCUGAUUUGACAUCCUUAUAUUCUGAUAGUAGAACAGUUUCAGUAGAUGAUUUGUAGAUUUAAUCUUAACCUGUAUAAUAAGCAAGAGUGAGUGUUUUCAAUUAAAAUACUCAAUUAGCUAAAUAAUAAUAUGAUUAUAGCAAUAAAUAUGUUGAAUAAGUACAUUAUUAAAUAGGAGUAAAGAGAGGAUUUAGAAUUAAUGGUAUAUUUUGGGAAAAUCUUGGUAUGGAUACUUUUAAAAGAUUAAAAUUUAGACUUAAAGCUAUUUUUACAGCUGCAAUUGCAAGUUGUUUAUUAAUGGGAAGUUUUGAAUUGAUUUAUUUUUAUUAAAAUAAUCCAAAUUAAGUUUAAAGAAAAAGUGAUGGAUAAUUAUCAACUUGGGAGAAAAUACUAGCUAAUUGUUUAGCAAUUUUAGUUACUUUUUUAUCAAGUUAUACAACUUUGACAAUUUUAGGAUAGAUGGCUAAAAGUAGAAGAAGUACAUUUAUUGAAGUGGAAGAAAGUAUUAUGCAUUUUUUUGUAAUCAUACAAUAUUUUUUAAUUUAAUUUUUCCCAUAUAUUGCAACAUUUGAAAUAUGGGGAGGAUAAAAAAAAAUUGUAGCUUGUUAUGAUUUAGUUACUUUAUCUAUUCAUAGAAUCAUAUUUAAAUAAAUAUUUCACACAUUUCAUAUUAGACAUACAAGAUUUUGGUUGAGAAAAAGAAAAGCAUUAAAAAAUUUCAAUCCAAAAAGAUUUUUUUAAGGAUAAUUAAAUUAAAUUAUGACUCCUGCUUUUAUUUCAUAAAGAGGAAGAUAAUUUAAUAUGCUUUUUAUUUUGACAACUGCUCUUUGUUUAAUUUACAUAUGUCCAGUUGCUGUAUUAUUUUGUCUUGGAUUUACUAUUUAUAUUUAUUUUUGGGAUAAGUAUGCUAUAACUCAUAAUUAUUAAAUUGAUAAAAGAUUCACAAUAGAAUUAUUUAGUCAUUAAAUAAAAUGUUAUCAAAUUGUUGUUUUACCAUUUAGCAUAUAUUUAUUUUUAAGAUUAUUCUGGAGAUUCGAUUGGAUAGUCUAUUCAGUUUUCAGUGUUGGAAUCCUUAUGAUAAUAGUUAUCAUUUUCAAAAAGAGAAUAGUCAAAUUUAUAAUCUUUAAGAUUUUUAGAUUACGUAAGAAAAUCCCAUAAACAGAAUUUAGAGAAUAAUCAUUCUUUAGAAGUUAUAAUAAAUUUUUUGAAAGUAAUAAUAAUAAUCAAUACUUUAUUUAGAUCUAAGAAUUGAGUCAUUAACUGAUAUCUUAGUAAAUUUGUUUAGAAGCAGUGAAAAUGAAUCCAUUAAUAAAUAGUCAAUUGAUUGA